GUUCAACGCUACGGCCUGUCUUCCGAGAUUCGAGUUCUAACUUCUAACUCGGCAAGGCCUAUCUUUAAACUAUUAUAACUCUCCAGGUAACGCCGUAAUUUAAAAUCGUAAACCCCGUUUAUCCUUGCUUCUCCUCCUACUGAGACGUUGAUACCAAUCCAAUCAACAACGUUUUGCAGAGGAGCUAACCAUGGCCACCAGGCUUCUCUCUUUGAGGCUCCGAGAAAUCUGCAGGAAGUGCCCUACCCGCUUCCCAGCUCUCUCCACGGCCGCCGCAGCAGUGGGCAGGCCUGAACCAUCGCCUAUCCAGCAUGAAGUAUACGAGGACACUGAGGGAAUCUCCAUGAAAGGGGUGAAGAUCUCCGGAAGACCUCUCUAUCUGGAUGUGCAAGCCACCUCCCCAGUUGACCCUAGGGUUAUGGACGCCAUGCUCCCUUUCUAUCUCUCCCGCUACGGAAACCCCCACUCUCGUACCCAUCUCUACGGCUGGGAGUCUGACCUCGCCGUUGAGGAAGCCAGAGCCCAGGUCGCUGCCCUAAUCAACGCUUCCCCCAAAGAGAUCGUCUUCACAUCGGGUGCCACUGAGUCCAACAACAUCUCCGUGAAGGGUCUCAUGCAUUUCUACAAGGACAAGAAGCGACAUGUCAUCACCACCCAGACAGAGCACAAGUGCGUCCUCGACUCUUGCCGCCAUCUCCAACAGGAGGGCUUCGAUGUCACCUACCUUCCAGUGGGCUCCGACGGCAUCAUCGACCUCGACCGCCUUCGCGCCGCUAUCCGUCCCGAUACAGGGCUCGUCUCCGUCAUGACCGUCAAUAACGAGAUCGGCGUCAUCCAACCUAUGGAGGAAAUCGGCCAGAUUUGCAAAGAACACAAUAUUCCUUUCCACACCGAUGCGGCUCAGGCUCUGGGUAAGAUUCCUGUCGACGUAGAGAAGAUGAAUGUGAGCUUGAUGUCGCUGAGCGGUCACAAGAUUUACGGACCCAAGGGGGUAGGAGCGCUCUAUAUGAGGCGGAGGCCGAGAAUCAGGGUGGAGCCCCAGAUGAACGGCGGUGGCCAAGAGAGAGGGAUUCGGAGUGGGACUGUCCCGACCCCAUUGGUUGUUGGCAUGGGUGCUGCUUGUGAGGUGGCCAUGAAGGAGAUGGAAUACGACCACAAGCGUAUUUCUGCCCUGCAGAAACGCCUGCUCGAAGGAAUCAAGGCCAAGCUUGAUGGUAUCGUUGUCAAUGGAAGCAGCGAGAGGAGAUAUGCUGGUAAUCUUAAUCUGUCCUUCGCUUACGUUGAAGGGGAAAGUUUGCUUAUGGGUUUGAAGGAGGUUGCCGUUUCUAGUGGCAGUGCCUGUACGAGCGCCAGCUUAGAGCCGUCUUAUGUUCUGAGAGCGUUGGGAGUAGAGGAGGACAUGGCUCACACUUCCAUUAGGUAUGGGAUUGGGAGGUUCACUACGGAGGAUGAGAUUGAUCGUGCAGUUGAGCUUACCGUGCGACAGGUGGAGAAGCUAAGGGAGAUGAGCCCUCUUUAUGAGAUGGUUAAGGAAGGGAUUGACAUUAAGAAUAUUCAAUGGGCGCAGCACUGAUCCAUCACCUUCAGAUUUUAACAAGAGUGGGAUACUGUAUUGAACUUGGGAAGAGGGGAUAUAUGCGUCUGGUCAAAUGUGUAAAAAUAAAAAUAGACAGAGACUUGCCUGCUGGAGCUGCUUUGAGCAUUUGAACUUGCUAUAGACUAUUAUUAGGUUUUCCAUCAAGCAAUCCUUGUAUAUGCCUCUUAGAACUCGUUGUGGUAAGUUUUGUUCUCCUAGAAAUUUCUAUGAGAGGGUAUGUGUUUGCAAAA